CCGACCAGUUGCUCGACGCGUAUUGCCACCGCCAACGCCGCCGCCGAUCAGUGAGCGCCGCGCGCGUGUGUGUCGUGUUCGAGUGCGUCCGGUGUCCACGUUGGGGCCGCGAACGUUCGCACAAUAUAUGUCUCUUGAAACAACAGAAUAUUGUUGAUAUUAUCAUCGUUUGUUCCGGAAGACUUCCGGCCGAGUCGCAAUACUAUUAAUAUUAUUUGAUAAUAAUAUAUAGGUAGAAGCGAUAUAAGAGGAGUAGGAGGAGGAGGAGAAGGAGACUACUGCUAGACUAUGGAUUCAUCGUUGAUAAGGUGGAGUUUCGUGCUGUGUUUGGCGCUAUUUUCAGAUUGCAAGGACCUGUUCGAGCUGUCGGCCAUCGUUCCCAGGUACGCCAAACUGGGAGAGACAGUGGUACUGAGAUGCAACCACACGGUGGUGGAAAACCAACUUUACAAGGUCCAGUGGACCAAGAGCGGUGACAAAUUGUUCCAGUACAUAAGGGGACGUGUACCGCCGUACAUCAAUCACACGAUUCCCGGAGCCAAAAUCGACUGGGGUCAAACAAAACCAUCCGAGCUGGCACUCAUGGACGUACAACAUGAUGCUUCUGGUCAGUACGCGUGCACAGUAACUACAGAAUCCCCAAUAUAUAGUAAGACAUCCGAACACCACGACCUCACAGUCAUAAAAAUUCAAAAUAGAGAUCCCGAGAUUGAAGUCUUUAAACAAGUGUUCAACGUGGGAGAUAUGUUAGAAGCCACGUGUACGUCGGGACCUUCAAAGCCAGUGCCCGAAAUCACAUGGCUGGUCAAUGGACGAAAGCCUCCAGAUACCUACAUGAAACCAAUCGUUAAGGCGGCGUUGGACUCGGCGGCCGCAAUGAGGCUCACAUAUCCAGUGUCGGCUAAACUAGGCGUUGAGGUUCAACUAACGUGUCUAUCCACCAUACCCGCAUAUAUAAAUCAUAAAGCUGCCUACCACGAUUAUGCAGAUUACAGGUCGUCCUCGAUUAUAGUGAGCGUGGCAGCCAAAUCUGUAGAGCCCCUGACUGCGGGAUGCGGAAAAGAAUUUAUUAGCAUCGUCGUCGUUGCGGCGACCGCUGCCGCCGUCGCUGCGUUUCAGUCGUAAUUUACGAGACAGAUUCUCAAACAACGUUUCGACGGCGUGUGUGGGCUCGCGAUUGUGUAUAAUGUACACAACUCAAUGUAUAAAUAGUUAGUAUAUACAAUUAUUAUAGUCAUACAUUUUACGAAUAUAUAAAGAUUAAAUUGUUUAUUUAACGAAAAAUUAUUCAUGCAAACGGGCGCGAGAAUACCUUCGAAAUCGUAUUCGCGAAGAUUAUUUUAACUGUUUGUAUACACGUUGUGGUGACCCACUGUGGGCGUGAAUGGUAUACAGUCAGUGCCAUAAUAUUGUACGGGAAACGUCAUAACAAUUUGAGUGUCGGUUUACGGUAGAAAAUUUCACUCUUCCAGAAAUAUUUCUCAGAAUUUUUUUUCUUUUAAACGUUUUUGCUUAUAAAUAAAUGAUCAUCGAUUUACAUCACUCAAAAAAUAUCGAUAAGGAAGGACUUAUGAGCCAAUACGUUUACAAUUGACUAUGUCAAUGGUUAUAAAUUAUGUAUAAAUGGUAAUAUUGGUAUUAUACUUAUCAUCGGUUAAUUUAUCACUUAUCAAUCGGAUCACUGUCAGCUAGUAGUUAUUCAUUGGUAUUCGAUGCAAUAUAAACCAACUUUCAAAAAAUGUUCCCCUGCUGGAAAUUUAUGACUACACACUUUUGGAUGUGAUAAACAUUUUUUUUUUUCAUUUUUAUGUUUCACUUAAGUGAAAUAUUUCAAGAAAAUUAAUUUCGUGAAAUUUUAAAACCCUGUGCAUAGUGUACCAUAUAUGUAAACGGAUGACUUUAGAUCGAUUGCAUCCACUUCCUGGUCGGUAUUAUCAUCUCUGGUUCGAAACCCAGACAAUUAUUUUUUAAAAUUGGUGUUCAAAAUAUAUUCACGUCAAUAAUAUUCAAAUUAUAAUACACAAUAUUAUUGAUUAUUUAAAAGACUUGAAUUUGUCCAUCUGCAGUGUGUCACCACUACGUGUAUAGAUAUCAGUUAUUAUAAUAUGUUUUAACGAAAGCGGUUAUUUUUUUUUAUUAAAUGUUUUUUUUUUAACUAUAAUAUUUUGUAAAUAAAGAAACUAAAUACUAAUUAUAGGCAUAAGUUUUAAAUUCCUAAUUAUUGAGAUUAUAAUUUUAACGAAAUUAGCGCUUCUGAAAUAACUGUCUCCGCGUCAAUUAAAAUCGUGUGUUUGGUUUUUUCGACGUUAAGCGAAUUAAUAACUUCGUAAACGACAAGUAAUACGCGUUUGUAUAUCGUAAAAAACUGCACCGCGUGUUUAAGCACGAAGCGGCCGUUAAAUUACAGUUAAAAUACAUAAUCUAAUUCGACCGGAGGUUGUUCUUGUUAGGUACUUACUGCAUCGUUCCACAAAAAAAAAUGCAUUUAUUUCACGUUAAAUAAUAUUUUAUCUGAUAAAUCAUCCGUAAUGACAAAACAAUAUAAUAAUUUACGAGGUAUUACUUUUGAAAAUCACAACUGAAUAUUUCGUUUCUGUUAUUUAUUACUAUUUGAUACACGUACACAAUCAAAAUGACAAUACUGUAAUAUUGAAUUAAACCUUAUUGCGUAAAUAGAAUAAAUGUUUUUAAAAUCAAUCGGUAUCACAAACUAUAUGACUCUAAAUAAUUCUAUCGUUUAAAUCUCUUUAAUUUUCUAGGUAAUUUUUAUUAUUAUUUAUUAUAAAAAUAAGAUAAUGCUGUCAAUUAUAAUAUACGCAUACAAAUCGCCUUUUUCGAACGAUUACUGCGACAUUUACCCUUUUUAUGUUAUACCUCUACCUAUGGUAGUAUAUUAUUAUUAUUAUUAUGCUAUAAAUUAUUGUGCUAUAUAUAUAUUUAGAUAAAUAUUAUUAUUGUUUUCUAUUUAUAUUGUGGAAAGUUUAAUUAUUAUUAUUUAUUACUUACAGUCUCUAAAAUGUACAUAGCUAUAAAUAGUAGGUAUAAUGUUAUUGUUAGAAAAAAAUGUAUUUAAAAAAAUGUUUAAGAUAUUGUUACUCCCAAUGAUACUAUUUUAUUUCCUUUAACUAUAGAUGUUUAACCGAAAAAAUCACGCUGGCGUUUUGCCAUUAUAUUCAAAUACAUAAAACGAUGUACUAACCAUAUAUUAAUAAUUAUUAUUAAACUCUUUGAUUAAUCUAAUACAUUCUUAUUCAAACGAUUUGGAUUUAACCGAACUCAUUUUCAAAGAUAUUAUAUUCGUUAAUACACUAAGCAUUCAA